AUGGAAAAAGAACUUAAGGAUAUUAGAGCUUAUCAUCUCAAAGUUAUUGAAGACAAACUUAUUGAAUUAAUCACUCACAAAAGUAGAAUUCUUACAGUCUAAAGUGAAGAAGUAGGAGAUUUUAAAAAAAACUUUGAUGAAUUCAAACCACUCACUUAAGUAAUUCAAAAAACUACCCGCGAAUGUUUAUCAGAAUUUUAAUCUAAAUUAGAUGAAGCUGAUAGAUAAGCCAUCUAAUAGUUUCAUUAACAAUAAGAUCAAUUAGAAUAUCAUGCUAGUCGAUUAAACUAACAAUAGAAUCAAAUCUAAUAGAUCUAAGAAUUAUUUGAAUAACAAACAAAAUAAAGAUUAUAAAUUGCUGAAAUGUAAAAGGCUAAAGAAAGAAUGCUUAUUGAAUUACAGUAAAUUAAAGAAGAGCUUGAAUAAAAGAAAUUCUUGAAGCAAUAACUUAUGAAUAAUUUUAAAUUGAGUUAACAACAAUAAAUUCAAUUGCAAUAGGAACUUAAAGACACUGAACAUUAAAAAAGAUAUUGGAAUAAUUUAUUAUAAGAAGCCAAGGGUAACAUUCGUGUUUAUUGUCGUAUUCGACCCAAUUCAUAAGAAGACAUGUUAUUAUUGAAUGGAGAAUGUACAUUAGUACUUAGAGUUCCUGAGAGAUUUUUAAAAUCAACUAAUUGUUAAAAAGAAAGUAGUUUCAAUUUUGAACACAUUUUUAGUUAGGAAGCAGAUUAAUAAGAAAUAUAUAAUGAACUGUCAGAUUUAGUUCAAAAUGUUGUUGAUGGUCAUAAUGUAUGCAUUUUUGCUUAUGGUUAAACAGGAUCAGGUAAAACAUAUACAAUGCAAGGUGAUGAUCAUAAUAAAGGUGUUAUACCAAGAGCUGUUGAAUAAAUAUUUAAAGAAAGAUUAGGAAUGUUAGAACUUGGAUGGUAAACUAAUAUUAGAGUUGGAUUUCAAGAAAUUUAUAAUGAACAGAGUAGGGAUUUAAUUACUAAUUAAAAAUGUGAUGAAGUUAAGUUAUUGGAUGUAAAAGAUAUUUACGAAGUUGCAGAACAUUUUAAUACUGCAAAGAAAAAUAGAUAAGUAGCAGAAACUCUUAGUAAUGAAGUAUCAUCUAGAAGUCACUUUAUAUUUUAAUUAAAUUUAUAAGGACAUAUGGGAGAUAAGUAAAUAAAUUCAACUUUAAAUUUAAUUGAUUUAGCAGGUUCUGAGAGAGCUAAUGUAGCCAAAACUGAAGGAGAUAGAUUUACUGAAACUAAAGCAAUCAAUAAAUCAUUAAGUGCUUUAGGUGAUGUGUUUAAUGCACUUUAUACUAAAUAAUAACAUGUACCAUUUAGAAAUAGUAAAUUGACAUUUUCAUUGUAUAAGUAUAUGGAAGGAAGUUCUAAAACUUUAAUGAUGGUAAACAUUUCAUCAAGAUCAGAAGAUUUUCAACAAACACUUGCAAGUCUUAGAUUUGCUGAAAAAGUAAAAUCUUGUUAAAUUAAGAAAUGAAUUAUAAAUAUUAUAUAAAUGCUAUUAUUUUUAUUGUUCAUUCCAUCAUUUACAUUGUAUUGCUGUAUAAAUAUAUCUAAUAAUUGAGUCAAUAACAAUUUAACUAUAUAUGCGUCAACAUAUGAACGAAAGGAAUGGGAUUUGAAUAAAUACUUUUCAGGAGAAGAUCUAACCUUUUCAUUAAAUGGAAAUGAGGAAUAAUUUGAAAUUCUUGAAUUACUUAAACCUUUGGAUGGUACCUAAAUAGAUUUAAGUAGAAUAAAGUAUAUCAAUAUUAGGUAAUGUUACACUAAUAGAUAUAAAUUCUAUGAAGAGUAGAGGAUUUAAAUCUAAUUAGAAAGCUAUUUUAAUAAAAAAUGAAUCCACUUAUUAAAUAAGAUAUCCAUCGAUCAAUAAUAUUUAUUUUGAAACAGAUCAACCAUGUUCUUUUGUUAGAGUAAUAUAAAAUGAUGUUAUAUUGUUGGCAGAUGGUAGAAAAUUUUGGAUAGCGAAACAAUAAAAUUAAUACUAAAUUGAUAGUGUAAUCUUAAAUAUUGAUGUUUAAGAUGGAAAAAUUUUGGUGAUCUCUAAAAAUAAUGUAUAAAUGUAUUAUUAUGAUGGUACAUUACAUGACUUUAAUAUUGUUAUAAACUAAACCGUAUUGAAGACUUUGAUGCCUUUUGCAAAUAAAUCAUUUGAAAUUAUUGAUGCCUAAUUAGCUAUAUAAAAUUAAAUAGUUCUUUUAGAUAAAUCCUUUGGAGUUAUAAUAUUAGAAAGCAUUGCUUUAGACUAAUUUUCAUUGAUACACCACCAUAAUUAUACUUAUUACUCUACUUAUUAUUCUAUGAGCGUGAUGUUCGAGGAUUUAAGUUAUUUAAUUAUGGUUACUGCAAUUCAGAAUUCAUUCUUUCUACUUUCUAAAUAUCAAAUAGAAACUUUUUAUUGGAUGAGUUAAGUCGAUCUGUCUCAUUUUCGAGUAUAAGCAUUGAGAGUAAAUCGUGAAUAAAAGUACUACAGUUUAUAUAAUUCUACUUAUAUAAGUAUUUAUUAUCUUUUAAAUAUGGUAAGAGUAUAUUCAAAAUCAUUUGAAACACCAGUUUUACUAGAUUUCAAUUAUUUGUUGUCGAAUCUAUAUCUUGUGAGUGAAAAAACACAACAAAACUAUUAUGUUUCUUCAGCUAUGUUAAUUAUGAAACCUUUCACUUAACCUUCAGGUGAGUUUUAAAGAUUAUAAGUUAUUGGUACGGAAGAAACAUAAUGUGCUUUAACAUUGAAUUAUAUUAUUUAUGAUUAUUUAGAUAACAAUUUGUAUUAAAAAUCAAAUGUGAAAAACCAAUUAAAUCCAUUUGUCAAUUAUCCAACAUAUCCAUAAGUUUCUAUCUUUAAGGAAUUAGGUGUUACUGGAUCAAAUAUUAAUGCAAAUAUAUAACUUAAUGAUCAGAGUAUAAAAUUAAAACUUGGUUAUCUAGAAGAUUUAAAUAUUAAUGGUAUAAUAUGGCCAGAUAAUAUGGUUUUUGUUAGUAUAUUUUAUAGUGGUAGUUUUACUUAUUAUGUUAUUUAAGUGUAAAACUUAAAAGCCACCUUAUAUCAAUGUAGAGAAUUUAUAAUUAGUUAAUAAUUAUAAUGUCAAAAAGUUUAAGAAUUCAAUCCAAACAGAGAAUUGGAUCAUGAUUCUUUCUAAUGGAUUGAAAAAGAAGUUGUAAUUUUUGGGUAUAUUUCUAAAUUUAGACACACAAUCGAAAUGUUUUAAUUAAAAUAAUCAAUUGUCUCAAAAUUAUUUGUUAUUUCUACAAGUCUGAAAGAUGAGAAUUCAUUAAUUAGUUCAUUUUAUUUAACUGAAUAAUUGAUAUAUGUAGUACUAGAAAAGAAAGGUGAAAUAUAUAUUUAUUAAUUGAAUGAUAAAGGAUAUAUCUAUACAAUAACAUAAUCAGAUGUAGAACCUUAUUAAUUAAAUCCCAAAUUUGUGAGAGUUGAUAAAAAGUAGAAUCUGAUAAUCAUAGCAAAUUAAGAUUCUUUAUUUGCUGGAUUCUUAUAUGAUAGAUUUUAAGUAAUUUAUUAUCAGUCUUUUCCAGAAUGUAGAUAAAUUGAAGUAAGUUUAACAAGUUACUCAUUUUUCGUAGCUCUACAUUUUGGACACUAAUAGGAACUUAGAGAAUAUAGCAUAAAGAAAAGAUAAGUAUCAUUCAUGAAGAAAAUCCCACUUUUUCAUUACAUUCUACAAACACCAUUGUAGAUGAUGUCAUCAAUAGAUUAAAUAGUAAUUAGAGCCUACACUCCAGUUCUCUAAUAAACAGUAUUAUUAGUCUAUCAACCAGAUGCAAAUUUGAGAGAGUCUCUUAUAACACACAUUCCGUUAGGCAACUACAUAAAAGAUACAAUAAUUAUAGGAAUAACCAAAGUUUAUUAAUAUGGUUUAUUAAUACAUGCUAGUUCUAAAUUUGGAAUAAAGAAUUAAUUAGUUUAUAGGAAUUUUUAAGCAGUGAUUUCAUCAGAAUGGAAUGAUGAAUAUAUACACAAAAAGGAACUAUUAAUUCAUUAUGAUUCAAUUGAUUCUCCAGAAAAAAUAGAAUUUAAAUAGAAUGUAACCUUUUUAAAUUUAAUGACAAAUAUUGUGGCAAUAGUAAGUAAUGAGAGCUUAGUGGUUAAUUAAGCUGCAAUGAAAAUAUAAAAUGAAUGGUUUAAAGGAUAAAUAAUAUAAUAUUAGGUGGAAUGUUAAUAAUGUUAAGAUUAAAUCCUACUUACUUAAAAGAUUGAUUUAAUUUAAAGUUUGGAGUAUUAUUCAACCUUGUUAGAUGAAUGUAAGUUAGAUCAUGAUUCUUUUGUAUUUAUGACAGCAAAUCAAUUGAUAUUUUUAAAUUCUGCUCAUUAUGUAAAACAUCCAACUUUCUAUUUCAGCUUUGACCCACAAUUUACACCUAAUAAUGUAUGGUGCAAAGCAGAUACAAUCCUAAUUACUGGUUAGACAAAUACAUAUUAAGGUUUUGUAUAGAUGGUUAAAUUUCAAGAUAAAUAAUAUUAAAUGAUUGGAGAACCAUUUUAUAUUAAACUGAAUUCAUAACUUAUUUAAUUAGAUAUAUUAGACGAUGGAAAUUUUAUAAUUUUAGAUGCUUUUCAAAUUAUUGGAGGGUAUAUGUACUCGACAUCUAAAAUAUGUGCUUAUCAUUAUGAAUUUACUCCUCCUUAAUCAGUAUCAUAUACAUAUACACAAUGUGUAGAUGAAAGAAAAUUCAGGGAUUUUUAUGCAUCUAGUUUUAUAACUUAUAAAAUUAAUAAUAAAUAUAGAGUAUUUUUGAGUGAUUUAUAAUAAGGAUUGUUUAUAUAAGAUUUCCAUUAUAUAGAUGGUUCAAUCAAAUGUAUUACUCCAGAUGAUGCUUUUUAUAGAGUAUCAUUGAGAUAACCGAUAGAAUAGAUGAUGGGAUUGAAUAUUGAUGAUGAAGUACGAUAUCUUAAAGUGAUACAAUAUGGAGAUCCCUAAAACAAUUUUUAAAUUUUUAAAAUGAUUCUACUAACAAACUCUAUUGUUCAUUUGUCAUUGGUGUUGUACUUUGAGGAUGAUGUGUACUAAAAAUUAUUUAUAAAUGAAAUGAUUCAGAGAUACUCUGAUUUUGAUAUAUACUACAAAGCUUCAUUGGAGAAAGACUAUUUAGCUUUAGCUUACUAAGCUAAAUACUAUACUAUUUGUAUUUAUAAAUUAGGUUAGAUAGAAUAACCAACGUUGAUGAUUGGAGGAGUCGAAAUAACUUAAUCUUAACCAAACUAAUUUUUUUCUCUUCAUAGUGAUGAGAAUGGAUAAACGCUAUUACAACUUAAUAAAGAAAAUAAGAAAUUGAAUUUAUAUGUGGUAGAGGAAUAAGCCACUCUUUCUUUUCUUGGAAAUGCCACAGAACAACCAAUUACUUUAACUGCAAUUAAUUAACUUACAUAAGCUUCUAUUAUUCUAAAUGUUUAGAUGACUACUAUCAAUCCCACCAAUUUGUAAAUAAUUUUAAGUUGAUUUUAGAUAUUGGAUAUUAUUAACCAUUUUGUUCUGUGUUUUAUUUUUCUUAGGUCUCUUAGCACUUAUUGUAUAUUACAAACAUAAGGGAUCGAAGAAUCAACUUUAAUCGUAAAACAAAAGAAAAAAAGGUGAUGCCUACUGCUUACAUAAUUAAUGA